UCACAUCUCAUUGGUCCAAACUCCCGCCAUGACGUCCCGCUUGCGCUAUAGAGGCGCGUGUCGCGCACUUUUGACGCGACUGUGCAAUUCCGGGAGCGCGUUCAGAUCGAGCAAAGCCAAUAAACUCAAUGGCCGUGAGUGAGAAACUCAUCCAAACCGUCUACGCUUACCCGGUGCUCUACAACGUGUCGCUGCACGAUUAUCGCAGCUCAGAGCGGAGGGUGAACGCGUGGAGGGAGGUCGCCGCGUCCGUCGGGCUCUCCGUGGUGGAAUGCAAGAGAAGAUGGAAGACCAUCAGGGACAGAUACAUCCGAGAGAGGAGACUGUGCAAGAUGAAGAAGGAAGAAGGCGGCCGGCGCUUGCAUUACUGGCCGCACAGAGAAAGCCUCUCGUUUCUGGACGCUCAUAUCAGAAAGAGGAAGCGUCCCAGUGAAGCAGAGGCUCUGGAGGAGCUGGACGACGCGGACGGAAGCGCUCACGACUCGCCCGAGGAGUCGCUCGACGAGUCCAGCGGCGGCGAUUCAAAGUCUAGCGUUGAAAAGAAAGCAAAGUCCGGCAGCAAGUUUCCUCUGAACGCGGCGGAGCCGAAGCAUCAGAUCAAGCCGGCGAUCGCGGCUCAGUUGAAUCCCUUGUCGCAGCUGCCGUUGUCUAUCGUCACUCAGCUCGCCCCCGUCAAACAGCUGGCGGUCGUCACCGGUCUGCCUCCGGGUCUGAAGGUGUCGCAGGCGUCCGGUUCAGCUUCACCGCAGCCGGCCGUCGUGACGAACGCAGCUCCUGCGCUGCUGACGCCGUCGGCCUCACCCAGCGACCUCAGCGGCCAGACGGCGGAGAAAGAGCAGCUGAAGAGCUGCGAGAAAGCCGAGCGAGCGUUUGACGAGGACGAGUUGUUUCUCUUGAGUUACGUCCCUGCCCUCAAAAGACUGACGCCGCAGAAAAGAGCUGCGGUCAAAAUGCAGAUCCAGCAGAUCAUGUUUGACGCAGAGUUCAAAGACGAAUGAACACGUUGGCGUUUCAUGCACGGGGUCCAAUGCACGUUUUUUGCAUUGGACCCCAAAACAUUGAAAGAUGCUUUAUUUCUGUAUAUAUCUCUUUCCGUUUGACUAGGUUCAGUCCGAUAUUUAGUGGUGCUAAAGAACCUGUUCUGUGAAAUAUCACUAGUGAAAAUGUUCUUGCAACAUUAAAUGUCUUGGUGCGAACUGCUGCUUCAUGCAUUUUUCAUUUUAAGCUCAGAUGAAUGUAAAAUAUGUUUGCCAGCUACAUUUUGUCUUUUGUUUGGAUGGUUCGUAAAAAUAAAUGUGAAAUAAUAACACAAA